GCUCACCAUGAAGCUUGGUUCUAGAUAGGGGCGAGUGGUCAGUACGCCCCGGUGGUGCUUUACACUUGCAGGGGCUUCGGGUUGAAUUUGGCAGGAAGCUUGACCGGUCUUGACGCUAGAAAAAAAUCUUUGCCCCUGCCGGGGAUCGAAUCCCGCUCUUCUAGGACGUAGUCAGAACAGUGACUGAGCUAUCCCGGUUCCUUCUGUAGCGACUGACGUUGUUUUUACAUUUUAACUUUAUAUUUCUUUUCCUGUAAAAAAUUCACUCCCUUUGCUUCUUAGCUUUCCUGUAGUUCAGUGGUUGACGCCCCAGUUCGCCUUUGCAACACGAAUAUAGAAGCUGCUGUUUGGGUAUGUGGGUGGGGUUUGUGGUCUAUGUGUGACCGUCAGAGAUGUUGCCUGGGUGAUGUAUGUUGGUAGAAAAGAUCAAUGCAGACUGAUGAGAAGUAACAAGUCUAUAAUGGGUAUGACUAGUGAUGAGGAAGGUGAAACAUCAGCAAAAACAUGCAGGUCAGAUGAUUCAAGUGAGAGACCUCUCAAGAAAGCACGGUAUGUGUGGCAAAUAAAGGGAAAAUACCAUUUAAAGAAGCCAGAGAAUACAGAAGGGGCCAAACUCUACAUUGCUGAUGAAACCAGGGAUGGAUACACGCUUCAUCCGAUUGAAGUGUCACACCAUGAACCUGGAACACAACGACAUGAUGGUUGCACUGUAGAUUUAGCAAAUAGUAGUCAGAUUUCAAAACCAGAUCCCACACGUGUGCUUUCUCCAGUCAUGUCAACGAUUCAUACACCUAUCGAGUCAGAAGACUUGAAUCCGAGGCAACUACAGAAGUGGCAGGCCAGGCAGGUGGCAAGGUGUUUUGUUGACAAUACUAUCAAUCAAGUUCUAGAAGAUAUGGGCUUUAUUCCAUUGCCUGUCGAUGCAGACGAUCUGAUGGAAGACUUUGCAAUGUCUGAGCUUCGCAGAAAUGAUGAGCACCUGGAGGAUGCAGCUGUCAGGAUGGCAAUUCAUAGUCACGGACUUCAGAGGGCAGUGGCUGACAUGAGGGGGGGAAACCAGAAUCUUAACUCCAUUGCUGUUUCAGACACUUGUAUAUAUAACUUCUCAUUAGAUUCUGUGGGUUUGCAGAAUGGUUUCAUUAAUGAUGCUGUGGAUCAUGUGAGUAGGUGGUACAGGCCAGAAUUUUGUAACCAAAAGUCUCCCCAAUAUGAACAAUCAUUGGACAUGAAACAUAUGUUUAACGCGGGAUUUGUACAGGAAGGGUGUUCUGUUGGAACAGAUUGGAAUCAACCCGGUAUUAGUCUGAAAUGUACCAGCAACGUGAAAUUCAUUAACAGUGGCGAGAUGAACAAGAUCACCACUUCGUGUGACGAUUCAGCAAAAGAUUUGGACUCGGAACCUGCUGAUGGUGAAACAACUGGAAAUUCUGAAGAGCCUACAUUUACCAGUGAUAUGAAUGUGGGUGAUGAUGAUGAUGACGACGAGAAAAGGAAUGCUUCUUUCGAGCAUACAAACUUCAUGGAUAAAGCUGUUGCAGUUGCCAUACAGAAGAAAGGGCUGAGUACUCUCAGUAGUAUUGAAUAUGGCUGAAAAAUAAAGUAAAAAUAACGUGUAGUACUAUUGUGGGUCCUUAUAGAGUGGAUCCGAAUGGUUAAAAUGUAUUUUAAGUCAGUUGCUAGCAGUGAUGAAUGUCAAGUUGAAAUACAGUAGUUUGUGAUUGCCUAAUUGUUAACUGUUUCUAUUGUCUACAUUGGCCUGAUUUUUAAGUAUAAUUGUCAUUGUAAUGUUGAACUUAGUAUGUAUACGUUGUGCUUACGACCUUAGACGUCCUCUCACGUAGUUAUUCAUCGUUUCAAGAAGCCUUAAUCUUCAAACUUUGACACAGUGUAUACUCUGUACGAUAUAAAACUGUGUAUGUAGGCAUGUCUGAGAGAUUAUAAACUUUUCCAUGCUUUAUGUGAAAUGUAUAUGAGCUUCAAAUUGAUUGAUGCUCUGAUAGUGUUUUGUAUAUGAUAUUAUCAGUGAAUCCUUUCUUCAUAUUGAAAACACGUUUUGUAACUUUUCAGAAACUGAAUUUGUAAGUUACCACUGAAAUACAUUAUAAAGAAUGAGACUUUUAUACAUCUGUCUGGGUUGAGGAAAGGCUGCUAGGAGUGGCAUAUCUUGUAUUUUGAGGGGGUACUUUGGAAAGUCAGCUGACAAGAACUGUACAUUACAAAUAUUUACAAAUUAUCUAUGCUGUUUUUGGCCCUCUCAUUACAAAAUCUACGUCUGAAUUAAAUUUGUUCCUUCAUUCACAUGUAAUAUGGUGAUUGGCUGAAUCCACCGACUGUUUCUGACUGGGGGCAUGAAUGGUGAGGAAUAUUUACACCGUGUUUCACGGAGGCCAUGUAGUGAUACAUGUCUUCCUGUUACUGUGCACAUCCUCUAAUGAAUUUAUAACUUUACGCACCCCACGAGAAUAAGUGUUUAAUGUGGUUGUUUAAUUUUAGUAAGAUUUUACUCUCAUUAAUGAAAGAGAAUUGGCCCCAAGUGUCACAUGCAAGAAAGAGACUGAGUUUUCAAGGCAUCCGAAGCUUGAAGCAGACAACAGUUGGCCAGCCCAUACCACUGUCAAUAUGUAUGAGAGAUUGGACUUAACAUGAUACAAAAAAUCAUUGGAAAGUGCAAGCAAUCUUUGUAUCUGCACAAUAACAUAUGUUCACCCUUCAUCUUCUGAGAUGCUAAAGUGUAGUUCGAGUGUACCACCACUUCAGUUUCAUUAGCCACAGCUGCAACGUGAUUUCUUUUCCCUCCUCCCACACUGAUUGGACCCUAAAUAACAACCACAAAGUAAUGUUGAAAUAAAGAUCAAUGGAAGGGGUUUAUUACAUUUCUCAGUUAACAGCAUAUAAGUGAUAUCUAAAGAGAAACUGUAGGAUCAUUAUAAAGUGUUACUGGAGAAUAAAUGUGUAUGAUCCAUGUACUACCCUCCAUUCUGACUUGCAAAACUUGGGAAAACUGCAAAAAGUUUCCCAGCUGAGUGAGAAAAUUCUCAGAGAUGGUGACAAUUUAAAAGUUCAUUAUGACGCUUUGUUUUGUUUCAUAAAUACACAAAUCUCAAUAUUCAGGUGCUGUACUUACAUUUUUUUAAAGUAUUAAAGUGUUUUAUGAAGAGA